GUCGGUAAGGAUGCAUGUGAUUCCUCAUUCUCUCAUUCAUAUGAAUCCUCCUGCAUAUUAUCACUCCAAAUUUUCAUCAACUCAAAAGCUAGACCUCAACAUUUUAAGAUCAUAAUUCACCUUCUCUUUCAAUCUUCAUACACAUCUAUGUAUGUGGCACAAGUAAGUAAGAUUGAAUAAAGACUACAAACAUGGGUGUAUCUGGAAAGUGGAUUAAAACACUCCUUGGUAUUAAGAAAACCGAAAAGUCAGAUGAUAAUGAAACUAGAACGUUGAGCUUCGGAAAGCUUCGGCACAGGAGAAGGAAUUCUGUAGAAAUCAAUAACAAUAUUUUUCGUGCUGGAUUGGUUGAAGGUGGGCAUAGCAAUGCUGAUCCAUAUAUUACCAAUUUACCCUCCACUUCAAACAAAAUGCAAGAUCCAUCGCAAACCAGAGAAGAAUGGGCAGCUAUACGAAUCCAAACUGCCUUUCGAGGAAUUUUGGCUAGGCGGGCCCUCAGAGCUUUAAAAGGGUUGGUGAGACUACAAGCUCUUGUGAGGGGGCAUGCUGUGAGAAAACAAGCUGCACUAACUCUUCGUUGUAUGCAAGCAUUAGUCAGGGUUCAGGCCCGUGUUAAGGCUAGGCGUGUUUGCCUUUCGUUAGAUCAAUCAAGCCAUCAACAACAGCUUCAAAACGAGGCCCAUGUUCAAGAAACUGAGGUAGGAUGGUGCGAUAGUGUUGGUUCAGUUGAAGAAAUCCAAGCGAAGUUGAUAAAAAGACAGGAAGCUGCUGCCAAGCGUGAGAGAGCCAUGGCGUACGCUCUUGCUCACCAGUGGCAGGCAAGAUCAAGACAACAGACAACUCAAUCUGGAUUUGAACCGGAUAAAAGUAACUGGGGUUGGAACUGGCUGGAACGAUGGAUGGCGGUCCGUCCAUGGGAAAACCGUUCUCUUGACAUUAAUAGAAGGGAUGAAAUCAAGAUUCAGGAAAAAGGAUAUGCUAAACAAGAGCAAUUACACCACAUCAAAAACCCGUUAUUCGUUACUUCAAAUCGUCAAUCAGAAUUUCCAAUGGAGAAAAUCGGGCAAUCUCAGUUUGAUGGAGUUGACUCUUUCCCUGUAAAGUCAACUAGCAUGCUGGAAUCACCUGACAUGGUGUGUGUCAAUCCAAAGUCAAACUCAUUUGUUGACUCGGUCAAUGAGCCGAGCUUGAGACCUCGUGUCGGAUCCAGACUCCACAGUAAUCAGGGAAAGAAGCAAAGUUCUUUGCCUAGUAGUGGCAAAACGGGGCAAGGACUCGGGGGUCAAAUGGCAGGUCAACACGGUAAAUCUGCCGCAAGAACAUUGAGCAUUUGACUAGCCUCUCAACUAUGCAUAGCCUCUUUGGAUCAACAAUUGCUGCAGUUUCAUGUGUUUAUAUACAUAGUAUGAUCAGAAAGGUGAAGAAAUAUCAUUGGAUUUAUUGGAAUUUUUGUAAUUAUUGCCUGUGAAUAUAUUUGUGCUAGCAAUAAUCAAUUGUUAUUAUAUAUUGAGGUACAUAGUGGGAAAUGUAGGUGUCUUGAACUGAUCUUGUUGUACAACUUUGAAAAGUUAAAAUAUGUUCUCUUUUAUGCUU